UCCUGGUCAGGAUCUUGUAUAUCAUCGUGCUCCGGAUUUCUACGCCUCUUGGCUAUGUAAUAAUCUUACGCAACAUGGAUAUCUCGCAGCAGUGGAUCGUCUCAUCUGUCCGUGCAGUCAUUUAUGCAUCUUUAGCCGUCAUCAAGACCCUCUAUACUCAUGCGAAACGGAAAACAAAAAAGCUAAAGGAUAGAGAUGAGCAACAAGAGGCCACCGAUGACAUUUUCUUUGACGAAGCGUUUCACAUAGUUAAAUCUUUCAUUCUUCUUGGCACAAAGAACACUGUGGAUCUCUCCAAGCAUUGUGAGGUACACACAAAUUCUCGUGUGCCUGCUCCGCCUUGGACCGCUGUUGCCCCUGUGCGCGUUCCGCUGCAAUCAUGCAACCAGGCGGCAGACCUCCUGACACAAUGGUUUAGGCCCGAAGACAUUAAACGUGUCGUUGGAGGUGAAAAGUGGUGGCAAGUUCGUGGUUUAGACGGUAUCGAUGCUGAGUGGAUUGCCGAGAAGUCACACUUGCCCGAAAGCGUUCACAUAGAUGCUGUGAGGAAGUACAGUGAAGAGGAAAAGCUUGUAAUGUCGAUGGAGCAAUUAGAGACUACGAUGCUUUACAUUCAUGGAGGCGGAUACUAUUGGGGGUCUAUCAAUACCCAUCGUUAUCAAGUCAUCAAAUACGCACGUAAAAUUCGGGGGCGUGCGUUUACCGUCAACUAUCGGAAGGCCCCACAAUACCCAUGGCCAUGCCCCCUACACGAUGUCCUCGCAGCUUAUCUUUACUUGAUUCAACCACCUCCCGAGGCUACCCAUAAACCCACUCCUCCUUCGAGAAUUGUCUUCGCUGGUGAUUCGGCAGGUGGUGCAUUAUGUCUCACAAUGCUUACUAUACUGCGGGAUUUGGGUCAACCGUUACCAGCGGGAGCGGUGCUUAUCAGCCCGUGGGUAGAUUUAACACACAGUUUUCCUAGUAUCCAUACGAAUACGGCUACGGAUAUCAUACCUCCUCAUGGAUUCAUGAACAAACCCUCUGUGUUGUGGCCUGUGGAUCUAAUCAAGGAAGGCGGUCGCGUUGCCCGUGCACACUCCAAUACACUGCUGAAGCCGUGUCAUAUGGACACUCCUGGUGCCAAUAAAAAUGUUACAAGAGACACUGCCCAGGUUUCGACUACUGACGCUGGGAAGCAUGGUGAUUUUAAGCCUGUUGGUUCCAAACAAGAAACAUCAAGCAGUUCCGCAUCAAGCGUUCUCCUGAAAUCUCAGGAGAAAGCAGGGCACGGGCGAGGCAGGGACCAGAACAGAAACCCAAGUAAUGCGAUGCCUAUAGAUGACCUUGCUGUGAACAAUAAGCGCGGACCUAGUUCGGAUUCAAUCCCUGAUCUAGAUGACAUCGAUUUUUGGCAGCCCACCCCUCCGAAGGUGCUCAUGAAAAAUCCUCGAGAUGUUCCGCUGGAAUUACGGUCGCAGAUCCAGCACUAUGCUACCACAGAGCAAUUGUCGCAUCCUCUAGUCUCACCUAUUCUUCAAGCUUCCUUAGGUAAUCUCUGCCCGUUGUAUAUUUUGGCAGGCGAUGGAGAAGUGCUUCGCGACAAAAUAAUAUAUCUGGCACAUAAGGCAGCCAAUCCAGCCGAGUACCCUGUACGAGAGGGUGUAAUUAGAGAUGGAUCGAGACAGAAAGAGAAUGCGCAUAAAUUUUCUACGCCCACCAAAGUCCACUCCAAGUAUAUGAUGGUAGGAAUGUGUUAUGUUUUGACAGUCUUCACCUUCACGAGUAGUGCGGACUAUGCUUACCAUUCUAUUGCGAAAUUUGCGAAACAUGUUACCCAACAUUCGGUAGAGCACCUUAACCGAAAUCCGUUCCCCGUUCUGCAGCAAACGCCUGGGCCUGAUGUAUCGUCUUGCGCCAUGAAUGACCGAUCGGGGGACAUACUAAUAAUUCGUGAGCGCGUAGAUAUCCAUGGUCGAGUUCGCUCUAUGGAACCGAAAGAGGAUAUCACAGCUCUACAGCUGAGGCCAUCAGAGAUUGGCAUCAUCAAGGAAGAGACUCUUGUCAAGUGGCUAGAAGGCCAAGAGGAGUGGGACAGGCGUUUCAAGUACCGCGCAACCCAGGUGAUGAAGAAUAGGAAAAAAUAUGAAGGGAAGGCCAACUCGAUGAUUAAGAAUGCGAGGCUACGGGGCCUCCUACUGGCGGGAGAGAAGGAUGAUCUUGUUGACAGGCCAGUAGUUGGGAGACCGAGUGCCGCACGUGGAGUUAUUCAAGAAAAUAGAAGGUGGGGGCCGUUAGACCUGGUGGACGAACAUCCACCACCUACAGCGAUUGCUGCGAGACGAGACACACAAGAAGCGCUUGCUCUGCUUAAGAAGAGCAUUUAUCACACGGCGCCAGCAACCCACGAGACCAUUCCGAGAAUGAAAAUAGUGGACGUUGUCCUCGCCGCUUUAGAUCCCAAUGAUGCCCCAUUCCGACCUCCUAGACAGUCGGUUUCAGAGCAGCAGGUGCGCACCGGUAUGCGAUACAUUCACGGAAUGCGGAUGUGGCAGUCCAUUGUGAGUUACUUUGGGCGUAAGGUUGCUGUGAAAGCUGCGGAGGACACGCGACGCGUAGGAGAUGCACUUAUGGAGACUGGAGAUAAGGCUGCUAAUACUGUGAAGUCGGCCGUAGUAGGUAGUGGAGAGGAGUGCAGGGUUUGAUGAUCGCGUUGAGUAAUUAUUAAAAGUGGACGCUUGAACUCGUCUGUAAAGACUUUCGGAACUACGUAGAAGGACAACACAUGUUCGCCAAACUCGCAUAGAGAGCCGUGUACUGACGUACUGAUGAGGAGGCGUGAGAAUGGUUAGCUUAGGUAAGCGCCAUGUGUUUGCCGCACUUUUAACCCUGC